AUGGCGUGGCUGGGUAAGGUCUCGCUUGGGGGAUUCCCGGAUCUAGCCGGGGCCGUGACGAAGCUGAGCGAAAGCGUGAAGAACAUCGAAAAGAAUUUUGACACUGCACUUGGGUUGGAGGAGAAAUCUGACACAGGCGAAGGUGAUCCUUCUGUUUUUUGUUUAUGAUUUGAAUCUUCAUCUCAUGCCAGGUCUAAAGUAUUCUAGUCGACCUUACAUUAGCAGGAAGGUGAGCUCUACAGUGUGGAUCAUCGAUGCCUCCUAUUUCGUGCUAAACCCGGAAUUUGACCAAUCCACGGAAAAAAAAGUCUAUAGUUAUCCCAUAAGCCUUCCAUCUAAAUCCGGAUCGGUGAGAGAAAAUGAAAAAUACUGGUACAUCGCGGCAACCUUCUGAAGGUUGGUUAGGAAGGGCAAAUAAAAGUCCAAACUAACUUCACUGACAGCUCAAGUUCAACAGGAUCACUCGGAAGGUUUAAGAAUCUCCCAACUGAUUAAAAUUAAAGCCUGUCCGACAGUGGAAAAAAUUCCCAAGGUUCUUUGAAGGUCUCCAAGAUGAAGAGGAAAAACGACGAAUUCAAUAUUAUACUACGUGGAUCCCAAGGUCCUUUGAAGAUCUCCAAGGUGAUAUUUCACACAAUAGUUAUUGGGACCUUCAAAAGAGAAACUAUGAAAGGUAGUGAGCGAAUACAACAAAAACAAACAUGAGUCUUUUGUUGUAAUUAUCUAUAAACCUUGAGGAGGUAAACUAUGCGAAAAAAUUCUGUAUGAUUGCCUGUGUGAUAUUUUCGUUGUGUGAAAAAUCCACGGUUGAAUACCUCUCUUUUUGCUUUUUUAGAACAAGGCAAGUUGGUGAACCGAACAUGCUCCUUUCUAAAUUACUUCAUUAAUAAUAAAUAAACGUCUAAAAACGUUUUUACAGUUUUCUCCCCUUGAAACUGUUAAAAACUGAUAUAUCUUAUCCAUUACAAAUUUCAGCCGUACAGAAGGCUGUGAGUUUCUAUGAAGAACCCGAAUAUUGGGUAUCCAUGCCUGCAUUGAUUUCUUUUGUUUAUCGUGCAAUUUUUAACUCUUGGACAGAGUUUUAACUUCACAGGUAAGCUGGUAGUUGUAGCUUGAGCCAUUGACUGAUGUGUUAAUAUAUUUUUGUUUGGAACCUUAGCUUCUGGAAUAUGGCCACUAGCAUCAGACACGAAAACUCUCUUCGAGCCUAUGAUGGCAUUUAUGGGGCACAAAGGAGGAGAUAGUGGCAUUGAUGAACAGACAGAAAACCUGGAAUCGACAGGACAUUCUCAGGAUGUUAAAAAUGAUACCCAUCAGGUUUCUCCUGCAGUAGCUGACAAAGGGUUGAAUGUUCUAACUGAGAAAGAAAAUGAAGGAUCUGAAAGCAAGGUCGAACAGGAUUCGUAUGUCACUGAAGUGGUCCCAGAAGAAUCCCUUGAAAGUAAAGCUGAACGCGAAAUAAAUCUGUUGCAAACUGCAACUUCUCUGCAUGCCCAUUAUGAAGUCACAAGUUCUUUGCACCCGACUCAUCAGGAAGGGAUUGAAGACAUUCCCAGUGAUCGUCCGCCUUCAGAAGAUUCUAAAUCUAAGAGCUCCAUUUCCGUAAAUCAGACAGAAAGCAGAGAGUUUUCCACGUCUGAUAAGUUUUAUCAAGUUGGUGAUUCACAUUUGGAGUCCCAGGAAGUGGAGGUUUCAACCUCUGCACAUUCGACUGAAAAAGAUCCUAAGAAUGUUGAUGUGGAAGGUAGUGACAAUGUUGUAAGCUCUGAGACAGAGAACAUGGCUUCAUAUUCUCUUAAUCAAAGUUCCAACAAUGAAACCACCAGCAGAGAAUCUAAUAAUGAUUUAAAAAACUCACGAAGCAUAAGUCAGGCUCCAACUAUGAAUUUCGAACCUGAGCCAGUGGAAGUGAAAUCCCACGGAAGAGAUGUCAGAGAAGAGCACCCAUCCGAGUCAAAGAUGAAUGAAAUUGAAGCUGCAGAACCUGACACCGGGGUUAAAAAGCUGCAGGUUGAAAUGAAAAUGAUGGAGGCUGCACUUCAAGGAGCUGCAAGACAAGCACAGGUACGUAAUUAUAUACACAUUGCCUGCAGAAUAUAUGCACGUGGCCACAUGCAUAAAUGCCUUUUCUCUCUGAGUUAUGAAAGUUAUUCGAUUGUUUUUAGUUUCAAGUCGGUAUUUUUUUUAAGCCAUUGAUCUGUUAACUCGUUCACAUUAUACCUGAAGAAACUCUUCAAGAAUGUGGAGAGAGUGGGAGAAAAAGAUUGAGAGAUGGUGCACAUCCCUUUUCUGUGAUAACCCUAGGGUAUACUGGAAGAGAAUAGUUAUCAAUUCAGUGCAGCCCUAUUCACUUCUAUAAAUGCUCCUAGUGAUGAUUUAUUUAACCAUAACCGUAUGUGUAUACAGAGAAAUACGAGAAAAAAAAAAGAAGAAAAAUGAUGCUUUUAGAAAACACUGUUCACGAGUGAUAUCACAUAAACAGUAACUGUCUCGUCAACGUCUAUAAAAGAUCUUUUCUGGAUAUUGUCCAGAACAUAAACUAGAAAGAACCGAUAGAUAAAAAUUAGGAACAUUUUUUUUAAGGCAAGGGAAAAAUAUAGACCAGAAUGGCGACCAUGAAUGGCAAUCAGAACUCUUCCUAAAGGGUUUUGCCUAUACGGGAGCAGAUAUUGUAGUGAACCAUAGAUUCAUGUAUGACUGAAAAUUUUCAGAGAUUAGGUAUUUUAUUAUUCUCUGUUAAACAGGUUAUCUCUUUUAGUGUGUGAGCUACUUUUGAGUCUGAAAGAAACUAUUUCUUCUGGGUCUUCGAGAGAGACUGCUAUAAUUGUCAUCCUCGAAGUCAACAAAGAUUCACAAGAGGGAGAAAGUGUCUGGGUUGAUAAGUGUGAGAAAGAAAUGAGAUAUAUCAUGUGAUAUUUCUGUAAUCUGGAAAUUGGUAUUAUUCCUUGUUUCCUUUUUUUCUUCUUGGUUUCUGCUCAUUACCUUCGCAUAGCUAUGAAUAUUUUAUGAAGGCAUGAUUCUGAAUUUUUAUUUUAGCUUGUUGAGAUGCGUCAAUCCUAGGUCUUGCUAUGCGUAUUACUUUUUCUUAGUUCGCAACACGUGAUAUGGCAACUCUGUUAACUUGAUUUCUGUGCAGUCAAAGGCCGACGAAAUUGCAAAGCUUAUGAAUGAAAAUGAGCAGCUAAAAUCUACAAUUGAGGAUCUGAAGGUAGGUAUGAAACCUUAAUCUAUUUUCAAGUCCGUAUUCGUUUAUGAUAAUAGAUGGUUAGUUAGGGUCUCUCUUAUUUCAAUUUGAUACCUACAUCCUCAUAUUCUCUUCAUCUGUCAUAUGCUUCCAAAGUAUGAGCUAAGAGCGCAAUUUGCCUUGUGAAGUAGAAUUAAGGUUUCUUUUAGGUAGGAUUUGGCUCCAACUAAGCGCCCGAGACACCUUCCAAACAUUUCUCCUAUACAAACGCCAUUUUCUAGCUGUUUUGAUGGUUUAUUUAGACCAGCAAUAGAGGCAAAAAGUCAGCCCCAAUUGCUACCUGUGAUUGGGUUAUCUUAUUGCUAGCCCUUGACAGCUAUGCCAGUGCUAAAGUCGGAUACUAAAUUGAGUUACUGAUGUAAUACUGAGUACAUUAAAAGUUAAAAGCGGUCCAAACUGUCAAUGUUUCCAGCCACGUGUUUGUUUUUUAAUACUACCCUUAUGUGGUCUGUAUCCUCCAUCUCAAUUUUUAAGGCCCUACGAUUCAUCCUAAAAUUAAGUUAUUCAUAACUCCUGAUCUCUCUCUCUCUCUCUCUCUAUGUAUGUAUGUAUAUGUGUAUAUAGCUCUGCCUGUCUCGUCGUCCUCCUCUUUCCUCUUUCUAUGCUCGAAUUUUCUACUGUGUGAAAAUAAGACCUGCCUUACUUUUGGAUUCGAAGAAAAAUACUGCUGUCGUGACUUUUGCUAUGCCCUGAUACCUGACUGCUUAUAUAUAGACUGCGUUCUUUAAGUCCAUUUGUAAAUAUCUUGGACUCUUUCUACUGCUUGUUAACUUAGACCCUGUAUCAGAAUCUGUGUAAUUCAAUUGUGAAAAUUUAAAUACGUGAGAAUAUUUAUGGCACUUAAUCUGUUUUUUUUUUGCAGCGAAAGACUUCUGAAUCAGAUUCUGAUUCACUUCGAGAAGAGUACCAUCAGAGAGUAGCCUCUCUUGAAAGGAAGGUACGUUAUUUUUCCAUAUCAGUCUUCUUUUCCUUGUUUACAUUCUCAUGGUUUACUUUCCCGUGUUAUAGGUUUACUCUAUACAAUUAGUUCAGGGGAUAUGUUAUUCUAGCACUGUUUAAAUUGUAAUAAUUACUAUGAUUUUUUUUUAUGAUAUAUGCGAGCUUGAACUCCUGUUUAAACGGUUAACUUUUCUUCUAGUCGAAUUCCAUGCAUCUGCUUUCAUUGCUCAAGUUACCCUUACUUUCCAUGGAUUUUUUGAGGGCAUAAAACCAGGGCGGAGGUCUAUUUUAUGAAUCAGCAGCAAUAUUGAUGGUCUGGCUGUGAUGUAGAUCAGUGUGAUUUCCAUCUUGAGACCAGGGCGGAGGUAUAUAAUUUAGACAGUUUGAAAAAUCUAGUUCUAGAAAAAUUCUAGACAGUUUUUAGACAGAAGUUAUGGGUAAACUGUAAGCAAGGAUCUCAACAUUGCAAUUAUUCUCUUACGAAGGACAUACAUGAAAUUUUUUUUGCCGUUGAUGGAGAGUUUUGUUUGAACGGGAUGAUAACAAUACUGGAGACUCUGGUGAGAUUCUUAUGGAUGGUUCAAGAGUCAAUGUUAAAGCACGAACAGUUCACUAUGUGAAUGACAGAAAAAUAUGUAUAAAAAUCUGCGUGGUCAAAGUCUUGAGUACUGAAUAAAUGUGAAUUAAUGACACGGUCAAAAGAUUUGGAUUUCAUUUGAAAUAUAUUAUUGAUCAUCAGCAUUUCUUUCACAUUCUUUAACUGCAUAAAUUCUUAUGUGGUGUCAGCCUCCUCUUGCAAUUUGUUUGAAUCAUUUUUUUUUUCUGUUCCUAUAUCAUGUGAUGCUAAAAUUGUUCUUCUCUAAAUCACUUAAAUGCAUUGCGGACUGGAGAUCAUUGUUGACUUCUUGUAUUUUGUGUCUUUUAUUGGCUUCAAUGGUUGAUAAAAUCAGUCAAGUUUUUUUAGAACGAUUUAUAUGAUUUAUAUUUUCUGAUUCUAGGUAUAUGCUCUUACAAGAGAAAGAGAUACUUUAAGAAGAGAGCAAAAUAAAAAGGGUGACGCAGCUGCUCUUUUAAAAGAAAAAGAUGAGAUUAUCAGUCAAGUUAUGGCAGAAGGUAAAGUUUUUGGUAUCAGUCAAGUUAUCAGUCAAGUUAUUAGCUCCCUAAAAAUAUACCUUCCGUAUUACUCGAAUUCUAUAAAGUUUUUGGUGCUUUUUCUCCGUUCAAUUCUAUUUUUGUCCAGUUUGUCUUCUUGUCUCCCCCUUGUUCAUAGCAUCAUUUUGGUCAACAUCUUUUAGAAAUAUCCUUACUGUGGUCAGAACAAGGGAGCUGUUGAACAUUGUGACUUUGUUACAGGACUGAUUAUAACAAUAAGAUUUGUGCAUCUCGUUGCUUAUUGACAGUUGCACAAUCUCUUCUACAAUGCAAAUAGUUUAUGUAUUUUAUGGAGUCUGUAAUGAUCUUUUGUGUAGUCUUGUUCAUUUAUUUUUUAUUGUACAAUUUUAUAGGUGAAGAGUUGUCCAAGAAGCAAGCUGCUCAAGAAUCAACUAUCAGGAAGCUAAGGGCUCAGGCAUGCUGCUAGCAUAUUGAAUUUCUUUUAAACUCAUAAUCAUUUUGGGUUUUAUCAUGAUAUUUAGUCAUUCUUUUGUGUGAAAGUCAGAUUAGAGAACUUGAAGAAGAAAAACAGAGGCUGAACUCAAAGCUUCAGGUAUGCUCACAUCAGUGAUAGUAUACUACUGCUUUAGACGCUCUCAUGCUUUUUUUUCACAUUUUUUCUAGUCUGUCAAGGAGAAUCUACGUCUAUGCAUCGCUUUUAUGUUGACAACAAUUCAAAAUACUUGUCCUUCAAGGUUUCAGUGUCCAUGUCAGCAAUGCUAUGCCACAGAUGAAAAGGCAUAUAAGUUUUUCAUUGCUGUUUCUUGUUCAUGGAAGAUAACUUGUUUGGUUUAAGCUCUGCUUUCUGUCGAGUAUACUCCAAAUUAUUACCUUUUCAAUUUCUCACAUUUUUUCCUUUUUAGACAUUAUACUUGUUAUUGACCAAAAUAUCCAGUUGUCAAUGCCUGGAACCUAUGAUAGAUAUAUUGACUGUCUGGAUUAGUACGCAUCCCCUGGAAAUGUGUCCAAUAAAGCCUGGAUAGGUGGAUGAAAGGAUGCACAAGAAGAUAAUAUUUUAGUUUAUUAGUUUUUGCUUGCUAUUUUUUUUCCCUAUUCUGGCUCGAUUUUGCUGUUUCUCUCGUAUUUAUUAAUGGGUUCAUGGACGUCACUUAUCAUAUGGAAAUGAAAUUAAUGUCGCCUUUGAUAUUAGAAAUUUACCGUAGUGUUUCACAUGUGGGUGGUUACUAUACCUUUUCUCAUGCUUGUGUUCUAAUUUUUGGAUGUUGUUAUUAUCUUGGACUGUAACAAUUUAUUUCUUAAUAAUGCACCCAACGUUGGGUUCUAUGCUUAUAAAACUUUUAGGCGAUCUAUUUUGGGAACAUCUGUUUAUGCUUUGUAAAAGACUAACCGCUGUGUGCAUAUUUUUGGGUGUAUUACAGGUGGAGGAGACAAGAGUGGAGAGCAUGAAGAAGGACAAGGCAGUGACAGAGAAAUUGUUGCAAGAAACAAUAGAGAAAAGCCAAAUUGAACUUGCUGCCCAAAAGGAAUUUUACACUAAUGCUCUGAACGCUGCCAAGGAGGCUGAAGCGUUAGCUGAGUCUCGGGCCAACGAUGCAGCUAAGAUCGAGUUAGAAAGUCGUUUGAGAGAAGCUAAUGAACGUGAACAUGAGUUGGCUCGAUCACUACAUCAGCUUAGGCAAACACUUAUAAAAACUCAGGAAGAGGUACUUUGCUUUAAAACCUGGACGUUCUAACGUACCUGUGCUCACAAACGCCUGGCUUUCUAGGUCUAUAUUGCUUCUCUAUAUUUGAGAUAGGAUCUCUGCUGAACGCUCAAGGCACUUUCUUUUGACAACUUUGUAGGCUGAUUUUAGGGAGGACAUGCUUAAAAGAGAUGUCGACGAACUCCAAAAACGCUACCAAGUGGGUUACUUUCCCUUUCUUUAUCAAUACUUCAAUAAUUUUUAAUGAGUAUCGCAAUAAAUUUCCAAGUAAGAUGUAAUUCAUUUCAGGCGAGUGAGCUUCGAUAUAAUGAGUUGAUCACGCAAGUUCCUGACUCAACUAGGCCUCUUCUAAGACAGAUUGAAGCCAUGCAGGUUAGAGUUCUGUUAUGAUUUCUUUUUUCGGAGAAAUCAUGAACAUUCGAUUUUUAUAUCUUUAGAAUACCGAACAAGAUGUGGAUUGUGAUGCAAUUGAUUUCUCAAUUUUUGGCUUAAGUUUCUGUGACGGAAUUAACUUUAGUUAGAAUAAUUUCCCCUGAGAAGAUUACUGAAUGGGAAAACUAUGGUCGGCCUGUAUGUUGAUUCUAACAGGAAGCCGCUGCAAGAAAAGCAGAAGCGUGGGAUGGUGUAGAGAAAAAUUUAAAUGCUCGCCUUGAGGUUUUUUCCUCCUUCUUUUGGAUGGAAUAAAAUCGAUCAUUUCCAUAUAAAGUCCAAAAUGACACUCUUUUUAAUUCAUGUUAUCAGUCUGCAGAGGCCAGAGCAGCAGCUGCGGAGGAAAGAGAACGAUCCAUGAAUGAACGUCUAACCCAGACUUCGUCUCGAAUGACCAUGUUGGAGACCCAGGUAUUCUUUUUCAUAUUUGGCCUCAAUGCUUGUCUUCUCUGACCAGAAGCUGAUAAUCACUUGAAAUGUGUUAGAUUGCAUGUCUGAGGACAGAACAGGCGCAGCUGAGUCGCUCACUUGAAAAGGAGAGGCAAAGAGCAUCCGAGAGUAGGCAAGAAUAUCUGGCAGCAGUGGAGGAAGCUGCAACGCACGAGGGUCGUGCCAAACAGCUUGAAGAUGAGAUACGAGAGCUUAGAAGUAAACAUAAGCAGCAACUACAAGAAGAACUGGUUCACAGAGAACUUUUAGAGAAGGUAGCGUUUAAUUUUCUCAUCCCUUCCCUAUAUCUAAUUCGUUUUCUCAGAUGCUUUGACCCAUCUCCUUUGGAUAGAAUGCUUAAUCGCCUCGUCUCUGCCCAUCCCCUUUUAGGUCGACCACUUUGAUCGAUUUAAACAGCUUGAUCUUGCCUUUCUUUUUCUUAGGGCAACACCAUAAGUUUCCUCUGACACGAAAUCGUCUCUUGUUACAGCUCUUGAAGCUUAUCUUGUUCUUCCUUUAUGUGUUGUGGGAAAACUUGUGGUGUUCAUGGUCACAACACCACCGACCUCUUAAUCUAUUAUUCUGCUCAUCCACGUUGAUUGCCACACUAUAUUCUCCUCAUUAUUUCUCAUAUCUCUGCUGAAGCAAUGCGAUACAGAAAUUAUGUCCAUUGGCAUCGACACCACAGUGAAUAAUAAUCGUGACGAUUCUCAGGAACUAGAGCGAGAGAGGAGUUCUAAAUCAGAAUUGGAAAAGAUUCAUCUGGAGAAGUCUGCCACCGCACAAGGCUCCGCCCCAAAGUACUCAAAUUAUGCGGAAAAUGGUACAAAUUCCUUUUAACUUUGACCUCGUCGAUUUCUUCCCUCCCCCUCCCCCAGAAAGAAAUAUUUACUCUUUCUUCUCUUCCUCCUCCCCCCCUCUUUGGAAGGUGACGUCUCCCUCCGGAAGCUCUCCAGCGCCGGGAGUCUGAGCAGCAUGGAAGAAAGCUUCUUUCUUCAGACAUCUCUUGGAUCUUCUGAGGACAUCAUCUCCGAGAGGAGGAGCCCUACCGACGCAACCAUGUCACCUUACUUCUUAAAGAGCAUGACCCCGAACGCAUUCGAAGCUACACUCCGCCAAAAGGAAGGGGAGCUCGCAUCAUACAUUUCCCGCUUAGUAAGUACAACUGCCUAAGCUCUAAGCUCUUAGCUCUCAUCUUCCACCAAAGAAUGAGCGAGCUUACUUCCAUUCGUCCUCGUCUAGGCGUCACUCGAGUCCAUCCGUGACUCUCUUGCUGAGGAGCUCGUCAAGAUGACCGAACAGUGUGAGAAGCUGCGAGCCGAGUCAGCUCUUCUGCCGGGGCUGCGUGCAGAGCUGGAAUCAUUAAGACGGAGACACUCUUCUGCUCUGGAGCUCAUGGGCGAGCGUGAUGAAGAGGUAAGUAAUCUCAUCGAAUUGUCCCCAUUUAUUACCAAUAAUAGUAAAAAAAACGUCCUUGGUCAAGCUCUGAUAUAUAUAUAUAUAUAUAUAUAUAUUUUAUUUCUGGUUAAAUGAGUGGUGCAGCUGGAGGAGCUCCGAGCCGACAUCAUCGACUUGAAGGAGAUGUAUCGAGAGCAGGUGGACUUGCUAGUUAACAAGGUAAGCUUUUUUUCACCGAUCAAACAAGGGGCGUUGACCUUGUUAACCCCCCCCCCCCUCCACCCCCUUGUUAAAGGCGUUGACCUCUGUCGGUUUCUUCUCCGCAGAUACAGACGUUGACCUCUGUCGGUGCCGCCGUCUGA